GUGAAAGUGGGGCUGGGAAGACAGAGGCCAGCAAGUACAUCAUGCAGUACAUAGCAGCCAUCACCAACCCCGGGCAGCGGGCUGAGGUGGAAAGGUAAGGUCUGGGCUUACCCUCCUCUCUCUUCCAUUCCUCCUUGCUGAAAUCCAACUGUGUGCUGGAGGCCUUCGGCAACGCCAAAACCAACCGCAACGACAACUCCAGCAGGUUUGGAAAGUACAUGGACAUCAACUUCGAUUUUAAAGGAGACCCAAUAGGUGGGCACAUCAAUAAUUACCUGCUGGAAAAGUCUCGUGUGAUUGUGCAACAGCCAGGAGAACGAAGCUUUCAUUCCUUUUACCAGCUCCUCCAGGGAGGUUCUGACCAGAUGCUGCGUUCCCUCCACCUGCAGAAGGACGCGUCUGCCUACAGCUAUAUCUGUCCUGGAGCACAGCUAAAGUGUUCCAUCAAUGAUGGUGCAGAGUUCAAAGCAGUAGCUGAUGCCAUGAAAGUGAUAGGCUUCAAGCAAGAGGAGAUUCAGACUGUCUACAAAAUUGUGGCAGCCAUCCUGCACUUGGGGAACCUGAAGUUCUCUGUGGAUGGAGAUACACCUGUAAUAGAAAAUGGCAAGGUGGUGUCAGUCAUUGCAGAGCUGCUGUCAACCAGAGCUGACCUGGUGGAGAAGGCUCUGCUCUUCCGGACGGUGGCCACGGGGCGGGACGUCAUCGACAAGCAGCACACUGAGCAGGAGGCCACCUACGGCAGAGACGCCUUCGCAAAGGCCAUCUACGAGCGCCUCUUCUGCUGGAUUGUGACACACAUCAACGAUGGCAUUGAGGUGAAGAACUGUGACACCACAGUGCACGGGAAGAACACGGUCAUUGGCGUCCUGGAUAUCUAUGGCUUUGAAAUAUUUGACAAUAACAGCUUUGAGCAAUUUUGCAUUAAUUACUGCAACGAAAAGCUACAGCAGCUCUUCAUUCAGCUGGUUCUAAAGCAGGAGCAGGAGGAGUACCAGCGAGAGGGGAUUCCCUGGAAACAUAUCGAUUACUUCAACAACCAGGUCAUCGUGGACCUGGUGGAGCAGCAGCACAAAGGGAUCAUUGCCAUUCUGGACGAUGCCUGCAUGAACGUCGGCAAAGUCACCGACGAGAUGUUCCUGGAGGCUCUCAACAGCAAGCUGGGGAAGCACGCUCAUUUCUCCAGCAGAAAGCUUUGUGCAACUGACAAGACGCUGGAGUUCGACAGAGACUUCCGCAUCAAGCACUACGCUGGAGACGUCAUCUAUUCAGUCACUGGGUUUAUUGACAAAAACAAGGACACUUUAUUUCAAGACUUCAAGCGCCUCAUGUACAACAGCUCUAACCCUGUGUUGAAGAUGAUGUGGCCUGAAGGUAAACUGAGCAUCACUGAGGUAACCAAGAGACCUCUGACAGCUGCUACUCUUUUCAAGAACUCCAUGAUUGCACUGGUGGACAACUUGGCAUCAAAG